UUCUCGCGAAGUGAGACUUGGGUCGUCUGGAUCAGGUGUCCGGAAGGAGUCAAGGAGCUAGACCUUAACGACACUGCUAGGCUUUUAAACAGCGAUCUGGACUGCGCGUUGUGUUUAGAAAAUCGGGAUUGUCCCGGGGGAAAAGCGGACUGCUGGGCGUGAUGGGUCAGGAAGUAUGCAAAUCAGCCUGGUCUAAGUCAGCUGGAAGCUCUCAGACCAUCACUGGGCGGAGGUACGGAAGAAGGCAUGCGUAUGUGACCUUUCGGCCUUCUAUAAAGAGCCCAAACAGAGCAUCAUGUCAGCAAAUCAGAGAAUGUGAAGGACUGGAACUUGAUGAUGUGCAGAAAGAAAAAGAUUUAAUUUCCAUGGAAAGCUGUGAUUCACCUCUGUACAACAAUAUUUUAAUAUCUGACUUGCAGCAAGACAACAAAUUGAAAGCAAUGGCUGAUGUUACAUCUUUAAUUACAGAAGUAGAGGAACAUGGAUGUAGCCAGUCCAUAUGUAAAAAAAAUAAGACUCUUACUAGGCAUGUACCACAUACAUAUCAAAAUGGUAUUUCUUUUUUAAAUAUUGACUCUUUUGAGCCAGACAGUAGCGAUGGAGAGGAAAGCUGUCACAUUACAGAGGAUUUUAUGUUGGCUGAGGGGACUAGCAAAAUUGAAAAAUCCUUAGAAAAAAAACUCUCUGAGUUUGAUGAGAUGGGGACAUUUUAUGAGAUGGAGUCUGAGUUACAAAGUAAAAAUCACGGUUGGGCAAAAGACAGAUUAUCAGAAAUAUGGCCUGUAUCUUUAUGCAAGAGUUCCCAAAUUGAUUUCGGGACCUCCCAUGGCAAGUGGAAUAUGUCAAUGAAAUCAGAGGAUGAAGCCACUGGAGUAGCAUCACUGGGUAUUUCUGAAUUGCAGCCAAGGAAAAACAGGACUGAUUUAACAUCAAAAUAUUCUGUUGGAUUUUAUUCUGAAACUGCUUCUAAUAGCACUACAAUGGAGCAAGAUAGUUUAGCUGAACCAGUUGUCCGACCAAAAGUUAGAAAGCAAUGUACAACUUAUUGCAAUAAUAAUUCUACCCUACUGGAUGAAGAAAAGGACAACUCAACAGUCCAAAGGAGCAAUCGAGGAGCACUAGUCAAAGUAGAAAGUUCCUGCAGAGAUGAAAGGAGUCGCCGGCAUGUGGAAGUUGGUAGUGAUGACGGAGCAAGAAAAAAAAUCAAGAGCAUUUGCAAGGAGCAAGAUUAUACAGACUGCCAAGUUGAUAAACCUGCAGUGGAUGAUACAUUUUGGGAUGACUUUGAAGUCAUGAAAUUGUCUGACUCCAUUAAGGACGACGAAAGCUCUGAUUGCAGUGAUGGAGAAUGGUCUACAUGCUUGCCUUCAUAUUUUUCUUCGGACAAAGACCAUACCUCAAGUGACGAAAGCUGGGAAACACUGCCUGGGGAUUUUUGUUUUCAAGUUGAGGAACAGAUUUCUUUGGAAGAUGGAGAAAUUCCUUGGCUGCAGUACCAUGAGGAUAUUGAAAGCAGCACUGAUGAAGAAAACGAAAUUGGCAACCAGUUUGCACACCCUGGAUUUUUCAUGUUAGAUGGCAAUAACAAUUUGGAGGAUGAUUCAAGUAUCAGCGAAGACUUGGAAGUUGAAUGGAGAUUGCUUGAUGAUUUCGGUGAUGGACUAGGAGUUGCACAAGCCAUGUCCUAUAUGGACCCUCAGUUUCUUACAUAUAUGGCUCUAGAGGAGCGUCUUGCCCAGGCUAUGGAGACUGCUCUAGCACAUUUGGAAUCACUUGCUGUGGAUAUGGAACAGGCUCACCCACCCGCUACUAAAGAAAGCAUAGACUGUCUCCGACAGGUCAUUGUUGGUGAAGACCAUAAUAGUCAAGAGCAGUGCUGUGCCAUCUGCUGCAGUGAAUAUAUCAAAGGUGAAAUAUUAACUGAACUACCAUGUCACCACCUUUUUCAUAAGCCUUGUGUUACAAUUUGGCUACAAAAAUCUGCGACCUGUCCUGUUUGUCGCCAUGUUCUUGCGUCUUCACUCACUGACGCUGCUGCAACAUCUUUCCUGUCCGAUCACGAGAGUCCCCCUUCAAUCCACAGUGCAGCAGGAACCCGAUAGAGACAACUACUAAUAAUUACAGUAAAGCUUGUUUUCAAAAAGGUGUACCAUAUAAAGUCUAGAAAUGAUUAUACAGAUGCACAGUUAUAGUAUAAUCUAUAAAAUAGUUUAGAGAAUAUCAAAGACUUUGUAAGCAUUAGGUUUACAGCAUAAGCUUAAGCAUUUUGAGUAAUGCACUGUAAUUAUAACAUCAUUACACCAGGUUUGUGUUAACCUUUAGCUUGGUUCUCUGUUUGUUUCUUUUUGCCUAUUUUUUUUUGUAAUGUGGCACAAUGUUUGUGCAGUUAGAGCUUUGAAAAAAACGUUUUGUUUCUCUUUUCUUUAAUGCCUUUCAGUCGGUCCGAAGUUAUCUGAAAACAACGUUUCUGUUCCUACCAGAAGUGAACACUUGUGCCCCUUUGUAACCUUUCAUGUUUGCAUCAAAUGUGAUAACGUUUUGUGAUUAUACCAAUGGUAUAAACCACACAUUCCACUGGAAAUAAAAUGCACAAUGAAACAUG